UAUUCUCAUCACAUAAGUCCAAUCCCAUCUCAAUCCAUCACAACUCCUCUUUAUCCUUUUCUUUCUUUAGAUACUUAGCUAAUCAACCAAAACUCUUUGAGAGUUUGUUGAGAAAGAGAAAGAAUGGAAUUAGUUCAUGGCAAGCCUUGCAGCUCUGGAAGUGCUACACCUCCAAGUGAUCAAGAAGACAUGGACUUGAGAAGAGGCCCUUGGACUAUGGAAGAAGACUUCAUGCUCAUUAACUACAUCUCCAACCAUGGUGAAGGCCGUUGGAAUUCUCUUGCUCGCCAAGCAGGUUUGAAGAGAACUGGAAAGAGUUGCCGGCUGAGGUGGCUGAACUAUCUCCGGCCGGAUGUUCGGAGAGGAAACAUCACACCAGAAGAACAACUACUCAUACUGGAAUUGCACUCACGUUGGGGAAACAGGUGGUCGAAAAUAGCACAACAAUUGCCAGGAAGAACAGACAAUGAGAUAAAGAAUUACUGGAGAACUAGAGUUCAGAAGCAUGCAAAGCAAUUACAGUGUGAUGUGAAUAGCAAGCAGUUCAAGGAUGUUGUGAAGUAUAUUUGGAUGCCAAGACUUCUUGAGAGGAUUCAUGCAACAGGAUCUAGUCAUAAUAAUAUUUAUCAAUACAGCUCCAUUAAUGGAGGAGGAGGAGGAGGAGUACUUAAUCAAGGGAAUAUUAACUUGAGCUUAAUUAAUGGAAAAGAGGUUGAAGACAAGGGAUCAGUGGUGAUGGAAGAAGAGGAGGAGGAGGAGGAGAAGGAGAUGGUGAGCUCUUCUUCUUCAUGCUUGUGGUCUGAAUCUUUACUCAGUCCAAGUAGUAGUGGAUGUGGAAAUGAUCAAAGUGUGCUUAUGGAUUUCCAUGAAGUUGAAAGGUGGUGGGAUGGUGCUGGUCAUAUGAUCAGUGAUAACUUGUGGAAUGUUGGACAUGAGUUUUAGAAUUAAUUCAAUCAAUAAUUAUCCACCAUCAAACAUUCAUGCAACUUUGUAAUAUAAUAAUUUCUUUUUUUUU